AUGAAUUUAAUGAAAAUUAGAAGAAUGUUGAACUCUUAUGGCUUGUACGUGUCUAAAAGAGCCGAAUCCACUUUUUUGUUUCUGGUGCUUAUUGUUGUUAUUGUUACAAUAUUACUAUCAUGGCAAAUGCACGGAAUAAGACCCAGAGCUUUGUGCAUGUCAGAUGUGAAUUUAAAAUCUCAGAGUCUCAAUAGAAGUGGCAUCCAUGUGAUACCGUCUGUGCCAGAAAAACGUAGCUGGUUUGAGAAUUUGGAAAAGGAGGAGGAGGAUUUAUUCAAUCCAUACCUGAGCGAGUGUGUGGAUGUCAAAGCGCCCGGUGACCUGGGAACACUUUUGACCUGCAUUCACGACGCAAAAAAAGAUCUGAUGGUGUCAGCUCAUUUAAAGAAUAAAGGAGGUUGGGAACCAGAGAAUGUUGAAGCCAUGUACGAGAUGCACAAGAGGUUUCCAGGAUUGGUCUUGGUGGAUCUGGGUUGCAAUAUAGGUGUGUUCACACUUCCUGCAGCCAAAAUGGGAAUGGAGGUUGUUGCGGUGGAUUCCAUGCUCAGUAGCUUGCAGUUGCUUCAGAGGUCCCUCUUUAUCAACGGGCUCUCCUGUCAUGUGACACUUAUCCAUAAUGCUCUGUACCGAAAGCAGAUGCAGAUGAGGGUAGCGCUUGACCCAAGCAAUGUUGGAGCAUCAAAGGUGGUUGAGAUACUUGAAUUCCGUCGACAUAAAAUUCAUCCAAGCCAGCUGGUGGAUGCUGUCUGCCUGGAUGACUUGAUGCCUCUGGUUAAAGGAAAGACAGUUUUUCUUAAAGUUGACCUGGAAAACAACGAAAGAGCUUUGCUGGAGUGUGCUGACCAAUUCUUCAAAUAUGUCAAUGUGAAGGUGCUACUCAUUGAAUGGAUGUAUUAUCGACAUAAUGAAAAGGACAGCAGAUUUAUCAAGAAUUUUUUGCUGAAACAUCACAUGGUGCCCACGUGGGGAAUAGACAUAGACCGAGAAAUUGAUGUUUCUGCAUCCAGCAAUUGGCCAGAUAAUGUGUUUUGGAUGAAGAGGGGUUGA